AAGGACGCAGAUGACUCAUUCCUGCUCAAGCGCUACAAACGCUUUGCCACAACGUCGAUAUGAAGAUCCUUGCCUGUCUCGUUAUAACUCUCUACAUUAGUGAGAGCUGUGCCGCUAAGUUGCCGAAGAAGAUACAGUUUGGGACAUACGUGUUGUAUGACACCAGCCUCAGGGAGAGGAGCACAACUGGCAUAGGAGUGUAUACCAAACUACUCAUCAAUUCGAUAAAUGCCAGACUACCAUUCAACGUCACCGAAACGAAGAUUCAACUGGUACUCGUCGGAAUCAGAGAAGUUCUGGAUAGCGCCAUCAUCAAAAUACUUGGACCCUAUCAACCUGUGAGUUUAUCUGACACGACAGAAUCACUGUUGUCAUAUGUGAAGAAUCAUAGAGAUCAAGACAUAAAAAAAGCCGACAUUGUGCUGUACAUCACAGGGCAACAUGUGAGCGCAAUCCAGUGGAUGGGAAAGUAUUACAGAGGUUGGAGCCGAGCCGGCGCAGUUUGCACACCCGACAAAGGAGUGGCGCUUCCUCUGUACAAUCCGGACUUUGACAAGAUGGAAAGUGUCAUGUUCGGCAUUCUUAGACUCCUGGGAAGUCAUGAGACUGGCGGGGUAGCAGCAAAUCUAAAGACCAAGUCCGCAGAGUGCUUGACAAAGAAGAAACCACGUGGUGUGUACAGCAACGUGACCAAGCUUCCAGGGGAAGGCCUCGACGGAACCGCCUAUUGCAAGGAGUUUGCAGACAACCUCGAUGAGUUCUCAUUGUGCGAGACUCUUGACGAUGGCUGUACGCUAAGCUGUUGCUGGAACCAAACCAAGGACGAAUACCAACGCACUUCAGCACCAGAUGGUUACGCAUGCGGGAGUAAAAGCAAACAGGUGUGCUUCAUGGACAAGUGCGUACAACGCAGUGUUCUCACGAAAAAGGGUAAAACUUCAAAGCCUACAACCCCAAAGCCCAAAACCCGAAAGCCCAAAACUCGGAAGCCCAAAAGCCGGAAGCCCAAAAAGUCAUAAUUCUUAUUGUUACACCAGUCAAUAAAGAUCCGUGCGCAAGCCUCACCUUACAUAGGUAACAUUUUGACACAUAGCAACGUGAGGGUUGGGCACCCGCAAUUCAAAUAAAUGAGUAUUUCAUUUAC